CACAAUUUUGUUCAUAUACACAUUAGGUAUUGAUAAAUGAUAGUGCGCGAUCCGCUAUAACAUUUAGUUAAUAUUUUAAGUUCUGAAAAAAAUAACCUAAAGUAUUGGACAUUAUAAACCAUUAACAAACAUCAGAAAAAGGUGUAAUGAAUUUCCACUGAUUUUGGCUGGAAUAAUUAUAUUAUGGCUGAUACAAAGAGAUCUAAUUUAUCUGCCUUAAAUGGCUUGUCAUUAAAUGCAGCUUUGAAGUCUAAUCCAGCUAAGAAACUGGUAGUAAAAAAUCUGAAGGAAAAGCCUAUGCUACCAGACAACUAUCAAGAACAAACAUGGAAAAAGUUACGUGAAUCAAUAAUUGCCAUUCAAACUUCAACAGCUAUUCGUUAUAGUAUGGAAGAAUUAUACCAGGCUGUUGAAAAUAUGUGUAACAAUAAUUUGGCAGCAGCAUUAUACAACAAUCUUGUUGAGCUUAGUGAAGCUCAUGUAAAAAAGCUGUUGCAAAACUUCAAUGAAACAACAAGUGACAAAAUAAUAUUUUUGAAAAAGGUAAAUCGUCAUUGGGUGUCUCACUGCGAACAAAUGCUGAUGAUACGUAGCAUAUUUUUAUAUUUAGACCGAACUUAUGUUCUGCAAAAUCCCAAUGUCAACUCCAUUUGGGAUAUGGGCUUAAAUUUAUUUCGUCAUCAUAUAAUGUUAAAUACAAAUGUACAAAAUCGAACUGUUGAUGGUUUGCUAUUACUUAUAGAAAAGGAACGCCAAGGAGAUAUGGUAGACAAAACUUUACUUAAAUCUUUACUUCGUAUGCUUUCAGAUUUAAAAAUUUAUCAAGAUGCUUUUGAAGGCAAAUUUCUUCAAGCUACUGAGCGUUUAUAUGCCACUGAAGGCUUACGAUUGAUGCUUGAACUGGAGGUUUCUGAGUAUUUGUAUCAUGUGGAGAAGCGAUUGAACGAAGAAAAUGAAAGACUCUUACAUUACCUAGAUAUGUCAACAAAGUGGUCUUUAAUACACACUGUAGAAAAACAACUAAUUAGUGAACAUGUGAGCACAAUAUUGCAAAAAGGAUUGGAACAGUUGCUUAAUGAAAAUAAAUUGGAUGUGUUAAAGUUAAUGUAUGCACUAUUGACUCGUGUUAAAAAAGGUCUUACAGAACUCUGCUUAAAUUUCAAUGCGUACAUUAAGAAACACGGACGAACUAUUGUUAUCGAUCCUGAAAAAGAUAAAACAAUGGUUCAAGAGUUAUUAGAUUUCAAAGAUAAAAUGGAUGUAAUAGUGAAAAACUGUUUUCAAGCCAAUGAAAAGUUUGGUAAUAGCCUAAAAGAAGCGUUUGAAAAUUUUGUUAACCAGCGGACUAAUAAACCUGCUGAGCUCAUCGCCAAGUUUGUUGAUUCAAAGUUAAAGGUUGGAAAUAAGGAAGCAACUGAAGAAGAACUAGAGAAACUUUUAGAUAAAAUUAUGGUUUUGUUUCGGUUUAUACAUGGCAAAGAUGUUUUUGAAGCGUUUUAUAAAAAAGAUUUGGCUAAACGAUUACUUCUUGGAAAAUCUGCUAGUGUAGAUGCUGAAAAAAGUAUGUUAUCAAAAUUAAAACAAGAAUGUGGUGGUGGUUUUACAUCUAAACUAGAAGGUAUGUUUAAAGAUAUGGAAUUGAGUAAAGAUAUCAACAUAGCUUAUAAACAAUAUUUGGCAAACAUCAAAGAUAUUAAAUUGUCUGGCAUUGAUAUGACGGUUAAUAUACUUACCAUGGGUCAUUGGCCAACAUAUUCUGUUACGGAAGUUUCUAUGCCUAAUGAAAUAGUUCAAUAUCAAGACUGCUUUAACAAAUUUUAUUUAUCUAAGCAUAAUGGUAGAAAAUUACAGUGGCAACCAACAUUAGGUCAUUGUCUUCUACGCUCUUAUUACAAGCAGGGUAACAAAGAAUUACAAGUUAGCUUAUUCCAAGCGAUGGUGUUGUUGCUGUUUAAUGAGUGUCAAACUCUUCAUUUAAAGGAAAUAAAAACGAUGACAAACAUGGAAGAUUCAGAAUUAAAGCGCACAUUGCAAUCAUUAGCUUGUGGAAAAGCAAGAGUUUUGUUUAAAAUACCUAAAGGACGGGAUGUAGGUGAUGCGGAUCAGUUUUCUGUUAAUGAUGAUUUUACAAAUAAAUUGUAUAGAAUUAAAAUUAAUCAAGUACAGAUGAAGGAAACAAAUGAAGAGCAGAAAGCUACUGAAGAGAGAGUGUACCAAGAUCGACAAUACCAAAUGGAUGCAGCUAUUGUCAGAAUUAUGAAAAUGAGAAAAUCUUUAAUGCACAAUUUAUUAAUAAGUGAAUUGUUCAACCAGUUGAAGUUCCCAGCUAAACCUGCAGAUUUAAAGAAACGCAUAGAAAGUUUAAUUGACCGUGAUUACAUGGAAAGGGAUAAAGAUAACCCAAAUCAGUAUAAUUAUAUUGCAUAAAUAUUUUAUUAUUAUUUUAUUUACAUAUAAUUAUAAUUAAACACAAUGUUGGUAUGUUUGAUGUAUAUUUUAAGAGUUGAUUUGUGUAAAUAUUAAUUGUUCAUAGACAAAAUAUAUGGAAAACGUAAAAAUGGUUUUCAAUACCUCAAUA